GCCAAGAAGAAACCUGCUCCAGUGAAGUAUGAAGUUGGAGAUCUAGUCUGGGCUAAGUUCAACAGACGACCGUGGUGGCCCUGCACAAUCUGUCAUGAUCCAGUGCUCGACUGUCACUCAAAAAUGAAAGUUUCCAAUCGGAGACCAUAUCGAGAGUACUACGUAGAUGCCUUAGGAGACCCUUCUGAGAAAGCCUGGGUUGCAGGAAAAGCUAUUGUACUUUUUGAAGGCAGAUAUCAGUUUGAAGAGCUACCUGUCCUUCGGAGAAGAGGGAAGCAAAAAGAAAAAGGCUACAAGCACAAGGUUCCUCAGAGGUUUAUGGCGAAAUGGGAAGUCAGUGUUGGACAUGCGGAAGAAUUCCUUCUCAAGGGGACUGAGGAUCAAAAGUGUGGUCAGAAUCCCAGCAAGCUGAACAGUGAGGAUGUGCUGUUGGAAUCCUGCACUAAUGGCCCUGUAAUGGAACUGGACAGGCAGCUGAACGGCUGUUUUAAAUCACUGGCGUUUGACUCCAAACACUUAGCCAGGGAGAAGGGAAGGUCAUGCACUAAAUCACAAGCGAAAAAGAGCUCAGACAGCAGGAAAAGGACUAGAGUAAAAAAGAGCAGCACCAGACUGGAAGCAUCUAGGAGAGAAAUUGGAGGAAAGGCACCAGAGAACAUAAUUAGAAACAGGGUUGCUGGGGACCUGCCGGAUAAACAUGCAUCACAUGAACUUUGCCGGAUAGCAAACAGCCUAACAGCAUCCAAUGGUGCCGUGGAAAACUACUUGCUCUCUUCUUUUGGAGAAAGACGUUUUGAAAAGACAACCUUGAAACAGGAGUAUCAGGCUCCUCAUGGUGACUCCCUACGGGACACACUGAAAGUGGAUUUGCUUUCUAGCAGCUCUACAGAGAAAGAGAAAAGCCCCGUAGGCAUUCUUUGCAGUUCCAAAUUACAGGUACACUAUUCUACAGCUGACACUUCUAUUGAGAAAAAGCAAACGGAGUCCGAUUCGCUGACUUCCUUCUCAGAUGAUGGGACUAGUGAUUUAGAUACCGGGGACCAAAGUUCUGAGGCAGCCUGCAGUGCCCUGGAGAUUAGUGACUCUGCAGAUAAAGAAGAAAAGGAAUUCUUUCCAGGGAUGAGGGGAAGCAGUAAAUGUUCCAUGUUCCAUCUCUCACAGAACAGCAACAGAAGAGCUAGGAAAAGGUCAUCUAGAGAUCACAGAACUCCAGCAGGCCCUAUAGGUGGCAGAAGUGAUGCUGAAUCUGUGGAUGGGGAGCUCCAAGGAGCAGUCUCGGACACUGAGAUGCCUGUUAUUGCUCUGGAGUGUACUUCAGCUAUGAGAAAUGACCAUCUUUCCCUUGCAGAUAAGCACCCUACACCCCAGAAUGUUUGCCGGGAGAGCUCCCACACUGGGAUUACAAAUCAACUGAAUCUACACCUGAAAAACAUCAAAGUGCCCCGGCUCAUAAGUAUAAGAAGCAAACACAAGGAGAGUGCUGCUGGGACAGAACCCCCUCUGCUAGAAGAGGAAUGUGGUGUGAAUUGCUGCUCUUCUGACACCAAAGGUUUCACUGGUCCACCUGCCAAGAGCGGGAAAGUUGAUAGUCAGGAACCAUUAAAUAAUGUGCAUGAGAGAGCCAGGGAUUCUGCUGAAAUAGAGACCGCCGUGGUGAAGCAUGUCCUCUCAGAGCUGAAGGAACUGUCCUUUAGGUCCCUUGGUGAUGAAGCUAGUGACUAUGGGGCACCUAAGACCACAGCACCCUUACUCUUCUCUUCUGCCUCUGGGCAGAGUCGUUUGCCCAUUGAGCCAGACUACAAAUUCAGCACCUUGCUAAUGAUGUUGAAAGAUAUGCAUGAUAGUAAGACAAAAGAGCAGCAGCUGAUGUCAGCUCAGAAUAUGGUCCCGUAUCGAAAUGCUGGCAUGAGCAGCUCCUCUGGAAGUAAUUCUGCAAGUGGCUUGAAGGCUUUGGGUACAAAAGGACCCACUUAUAAAUUAGAAAAAAAUGGGGAUUGCAUUCUGGAAGCAACAGGUCAGAACCCUAGUGCGAGUGACUCCUCUUUUUCGUGCAGCACUACAGCCAAGAUAACUGGGCGGAGUACUAACAAAAGGGAGCCCACAGAUCCUGCUCUUUCUGGUACGAAUGGCACAAACUGCAUCUCAAGACACAACUGUUCACAAUCUAAGCAGUCAUCCAAGCUAGUAGAUAAUGCAACAUCAGUCAGAAAGGAUUUAAAGCUAGAAGGGCUGAGCAAGCCUCUAAAUCAGGUCUCCAGUAAUAUAGCGGAGAAAGCAUCCCUCCCACGCAGGGUUAGGCAGGGAUUGGUUCCUAGUCUUGUUUAUAAUGAAAUAGAAGAAACUGCAAGGAAAGAGUCUCUUGAGUUAAUGGAGCACUCCACUGAUGAAGACUCUGCAUGUUCAUCUGAUGACAAUUUAGAUCAUAUCAGGAAGAGGACUGAAACUGAUAAAAAUACUGAGAGUUGCACUUCUGCUGAAAAUGCACAUUCAGAAAAGAAACGCCUUAGGAAGCCGAGCAAACGGCUUUUGGAAUAUGCAGAAGAAUAUGAUCAGAUAUUUGCACCUAAGAAAAAAUCAAAGAAGGGCCAGGAGCAAUUGCAAAGGGUGAGUUCCCGGGAGAGGUCUGAGCUCAAGGGAGAGGAAAGGCUUCCAGCACGAUGCAGUCGUGGAAGUGAUCUCCGGAAUGUGCAGCUGGAGCAGAACCCUCUGGUGUCAACUCCAUCUUCCUCUUCAACCAAAGAUGCUCCUCCAGUCCUUGAAGCAGAACAUUUGCUGUUAGAAGAGCCAGUAUCCCAUUCCUCUGAGCCCACUGACCUACUCAUAGAUGGACAUUCAGACUUGCCGGAGCUGAUGUUAUCUUCCCCUGAUGUGUCUGAAGUUUCUGCUUGUUCUCUGGAGGCAGAGGAACGUUUCCUGAAAUCAGGGAACUUGGAGAGGAAGCGUCAGAGGAAGCCAACUAAGAAGCUCUUGGAAUCCAAUGAUUUGGAUGCUGUGUUUAUGCCAAAGAAGGAGGGGUGGAUUCCUCCAAAGAAGUGUUUUGAUGCUGGCCCUCUGGAGAGUGACCUUUCUGAAUUUUAUGCCACACCCCAGUUUUUGGAUCUCGGAGAAGCUCCUGACAGACUCCCUGAGAAGCCGAGAAAGCGCAAGAGACAGCGAUACUCCCCAGCCACAGCGCAUUACAAGAAAGGGAGGAGUGACGAUGCACUGGGGGAAGCUCCCGGUUCUGAGGGGGAGAUACCUAUCCAUGGGAGUGCUGCAAGCCCCAAGGAGCUCAAUGAGGAUGGGUCUGAGAAUGACCAUGGAGUGCCUUCAUCCAAAAGGAUGCAGGGGGAGCGAGGAGGAGGAGCAGCCCUCAAGGAGAACGUUUGUCAGAUCUGUGAGAAGCCGGGGGAGUUGUUGCUGUGUGAAGCGCAGUGCUGUGGUGCUUUCCACCUGCGGUGCCUCGGGCUCUCAGAAAUGCCGAAGGGCAAGUUCAUCUGCAAUGAGUGUUCGACAGGCGUCCACACCUGCUUUGUGUGCAAGAGCAGCGGGGAGGACGUGAGGCGGUGCUUGCUCCCCUUGUGUGGGAAGUACUACCAUGAAGAGUGUGUGCAGAAGUACCCACCCACGGUCAUGCAGAACAAGGGCUUUCGAUGCUCACUGCACAUCUGUAUGACCUGUCAUGCCGCUAACCCAGCGAACCUUUCUGCGUCUAAAGGUCGCUUGAUGCGUUGUGUUCGGUGUCCAGUGGCAUACCACGCCAACGAUUUCUGUCUGGCUGCGGGGACAGUGAUCCUCGCCUCCAACAGCAUCAUCUGCCCCAAUCACUUCUCUGCACGGAGGGGCUGCCGAAACCAUGAGCACGUCAAUGUCAGCUGGUGCUUUGUCUGCUCAGAAGGGGGCAGCCUUUUGUGCUGCGAGUCAUGUCCAGCUGCUUUCCACCGCGAGUGUCUGAACAUCGAGAUGCCUGAGGGAAGCUGGUACUGUAACGACUGCAAAGCUGGCAAGAAACCACAUUACAAGGAGGUGGUCUGGGUAAAAGUUGGGCGCUACAGGUGGUGGCCAGCUGAGAUUUGCCAUCCUAGAACUAUUCCUGUAAAUAUCCAAAAGAUGAAACAUGACAUUGGCGAGUUUCCUGUGCUGUUUUUUGGGUCCAACGAUUAUCUCUGGACGCACCAGGCUCGGGUGUUUCCCUACAUGGAAGGCGAUGUGAGCAGCAAGGACAAGAUGGGCAAGGGAGUGGAUGGCAUUUAUAAGAAAGCUUUGCAGGAAGCGGCUGUGAGGUUUGAAGAGCUGAAGGCACAGAAAGAACUGAGGCAGCUGCAGGAAGACAGAAAGAAUGAUAAGAAGCCUCCUCCCUACAAACAUAUCAAGGUAAACAGACCAGUGGGCAAGGUGCAAAUCUUCACAGCAGACCUGUCUGAGAUACCACGGUGCAACUGCAAACACAGCGAUGAAAACCCCUGUGGCCUGGACUCGGAAUGCAUCAAUCGCAUGCUGCUGUAUGAGUGCCAUCCCCUGGUCUGUCCGGCUGGGGAGCGCUGUCAGAACCAGUGCUUCUCCAAGAGGCAGUACCCAGAGGUAGAAAUCUUCCGCACGCUGGCACGAGGCUGGGGCUUGCAAGCCAAAAGGGACAUUAAAAAGGGUGAGUUUGUUAACGAAUACGUGGGAGAGCUGAUUGAUGAGGAGGAGUGUCGGGCACGAAUCCGCUACGCACAGGAGCAUGAUAUUACCAACUUCUAUAUGCUGACUUUGGACAAGGAUCGAAUCAUCGAUGCCGGACCGAAGGGCAAUUACGCUCGAUUUAUGAACCAUUGCUGCCAGCCCAACUGUGAGACUCAGAAAUGGUCUGUGAAUGGCGAUACACGGGUUGGGCUCUUUGCUCUUGUCAAUAUCAAAGCUGGGACUGAGCUGACUUUCAACUACAACCUGGAAUGUUUGGGGAAUGGAAAGACAGUUUGCAAAUGUGGUGCUCCGAAUUGCAGCGGGUUCCUAGGAGUACGGCCAAAGAACCCCCCUAACCUUACAGAGGAGAAGUCCAAGAAGUUCAAAAGACGGCAGCAAGUGAAGCGCAGGUCACAGGCAGAGGUCAUGAAAGAGCGAGAGGACGAGUGCUUCAGCUGCGGAGAUGGAGGGCAGGUAGUUUCGUGUAAGAAGACAGGCUGCCCCAAAGUGUACCACGCAGACUGCCUCAACUUGACCAAACGGCCAGCAGGGAAGUGGGAGUGCCCUUGGCAUCAGUGUGAUGUGUGUGGCAAAGAAGCAGCUUCCUUCUGUGAGAUGUGUCCCAGCUCCUUCUGCAAGCAGCACCGGGAGGGCAUGCUCUUUAUCUCCAAACUGGAUGGACGCUUAUCGUGCACAGAGCAUGAUCCCUGCGGACCGAACCCUCUAGAGCCAGGGGAAAUUCGUGAGUAUGUGCCUCCCACAGUCCCACCGGCUAGCCGUCAAAACACGCAGCCCUCUGACCAUCAGCCUGCAGCCCUGGGCCUCAGGCGUCCUCCUUCUGACAGGCUUCCUCUGGCCGUGGCCCUGAGGCUGCAGCCGUCGGACAAGCCCUGCUCCGCCGUGGCCCUGAGGCUGCAACCGUCGGACAAGCCCUGCUCCACUGUUGCUCUGAGGCUGCAGUCAGAUAAACAACCCACCAUUGUAUCCCUGAGGCUUCAGCAGUCAGACAAGCCUCUUGCCAUCACCACAGGCCAGCAGCCUCCACCCUCAGAUGAGUCUCCUUCCGCUGCUGGAGCUCCACCGCCUCCUCCCGCAGAUGAGUCUCCAACCAAGGGCCUGCAUCCUCUUCCCUCGGACGAGUCUCCCACCGCUACCCAGGUUCAGUGGCCUCAGCUGUUGGGCGAGUCUCCUGCCCUCACUAGGGUCCCACAGCCUCAGCUGUUGGGCGAGUCUCCCAUCAAGGGCCUGCAACCCCUGCUGUCAGAUGAGGCUCCCACUGCCGGGGCCCUGCAGUGUCAGGCAGUAGACAGGCCUCCCGCAGCUCCAAGGCUGCUGCUGUCUGAGAAAGCGCUGAGGCCCGGGGAUCAGCCAAAAGAGAGAGUAGUGUCAGCGGUGGAGCCGCAGCAGAAAGAGCGAACUUGUUUAGCUGAGGAGCAGACCUCUCGGGCUGCAGGGAAGGCAGUGACACACGUGGGGCAGGCACCUCGGCCCAUGGAGAAAUUGCAGACCUAUGAGCCAAUCCAUUGGCCCACUGUGGAAGCACUGACGCCUGCGGAGCAGUCCCCUCACACUGCAGAGAAAUUACAGACACCUGCGCCACCGACUCAGGCUGACCGGGAAGUGGCAUCAGCACCCACAGAGCAGAGCCCUUGGACCGCAGAGAGGUUACGUACGUUUGAACAGAUCCCCCGGCCUGCCAGGGAAGCACCAGUGCCCCCAGAACAGGCUUCGUGGCUUGCCAGGAACAUUCAGACAUUUGAGCAAAUCUCUUGGCUCUCUGGAAAAGCACAGACACCCCUGGGGCAGGCCCCUUUGCCUGAGCAAAACAUAGUGCUAGUCCAUAACCAGGAUUCUCCCCGUCAGGAAUUGGCUGAAUCGAAACCGAAGUGAAGUCAGUGAAUGAGGCAGGCAGGCUGCAGUCGGUUUGUUUGGGGAGAGGGAUUUUCUUUGUUUUGUUUGUUGUUCACGUCCCUGAGCCCAGCCUCAAGCCCAGGCGCUCUCAUGACAUAAGCAAGGACGUUUACCUAAACCGGAGUGUGGCCCAGCCACGGAAAGUGAGCAUCAGCGACCUUUUCCUCUUCCUUUUAGAAACGGUAACGUUGAAAUAAAGAGUCCACUCCGGAUAAAAUCUCUAAUUCCAUUGAAAUGGUCACGUUCCUGAUCUAGCGCGUCUGCAUCCACAAGGGCUUUCCCAAACAGCUAAGUGGCCCUGAGGAAGCAAUUUCCUUUCUCUUAACUGUUCUGAGUGGAAGCAGAACAACUAGUCUGAACUGGGAUCUCAGACGUUUCCAGCGAUUAAAUGGUGCACAGAGUAAUUGGACAUGUGUCUUUGCUAGACUCUGAAGAGGGGAAGGGAUUUAGCACUUGUGCUGCCCAAUUCUCCUUCCCCACAGGGUUUUCCUUUGCAAGUGUUUGCCUGGUUGUGCGCAUGGGUCUGUGUCACCAGUGCAAGGCUUACCAAAACACAGGUGCUGUUGUAAAAUGGCGGAGUCCCGUGGAGUUAGUGGAGAGCCUGCUCCUGCCAGACUGUACAGUUCAUUCCAGCGUGGGCAAGAGAACCGCUCCUGCGCAGGCCCUGUGAUUGGGGGUGGGGGGAGAAGGUCUCUGAAGAUCCCAUCUGCCAGGAUUCUCACUCUUGGAACUUAGCUCUGUAACGUGGGACAGGCGGAAUUGCCACUGCACAUACAAAGCUGUGAGCUCUGGAGGCAGCGGUAGCAGGGUGGAGCGUGAGUAAGGAUGCCGAGCACUGCCUUUGUCAGGGUAGAGGCACUGCCCUCGGAACGCUCCAGGCAGUUCCUUCUUCACCUUGCUUGUUACCAUGAACUAGCAAACUAAAUAGUCUCUUCCUCCCCCAUCUCAACCACAUGCUUAGGAGUCCUGUUCGCAGAGUGGCUGGUAGCCCUAGCAGAGUGAAUUCUGUGGAAUUCACUCCAUAGCGCAGAGUCGAGAAGCUACUUCAGAAGGCAUGGUGUAUCCAGAACGGAAAACCAUGUCAACCCCUUUCCCCUUGGUUAGCCUCUGUAUUUCCAACCAAAAAUCCCCACAGGAGACUUGAAUUACCUGGACUAUGUUGAAGUGUUUGUGUGUCAGAAAACCAGCCCCUCAAGGUAAUAGUUCUCACACUGGAACACAAUGGCUCUAGCGCCUGGCUGGCCUCUCUCUCUCCUCUCUUUUCCACUAAAGGUAGCUAUGCCUGGUGACUUGCCAGGCUGAUAUUCCGAAUAGACCUGAUGGAGGUAGUGACAUUACCUGCCUGCUAAGGCAGAAAUACACUCUGCUAUGGCACUGAUAAGGUGUGUGGUAGAAUUACAGGCAGGGACUUAGGAAGUGACACUUGUGACCUGCGAAGCAGUGGCCAGGCAGUCUGCAUUCGUGCUGCCCACGGUUAGUGCAGUGUGCUGUGCCAUCGGGAAGCACUGUCUGAUCAGCACGGCCUCCCAACACAUUACCUACGUUACACGCCUGAGCUCCACUGACCUGGGCAGCAGGAGUCCAGUUUCAGCCUGUCCCCCCCCCCCCCCAUUGUUUCAGAGAGAGCAGUAGGUCUCUCCCCAGAGGGGGGAGCCCUAGUUCGAUACUAGCCCCUUUCCUCUGACUCGGGAACAGGUCAAGGCUGGCGUUCAGCUCGCAUGUUCGCACUGCUCCAAGAGAGGGUGAUAAUUAGCUUUGCGGGUUUCUGUGAUAGGGAGAGAGAUCUCUGUAUCAAGGCAAAUCCUGCUCCAGUCUCCUUUCCAAAGUCAGCUCCCCAAGAGAGUCCCCCUCUGGGCAGUGCUGUCGUGUGUCUCCUCUCCAGUCUGAAUCGCUUCAGACCCCUCUGUGUAGCUCGUGACUUGGAAAAGCUUUAUGGCUUAUGGAAUCUUAGUGUUUAGUGUUGUUUUUCCAUGAAGACCUGCAGGUCAGUCCCUGAUCUCUGCUGAGCUGGGGGAGAUGCAAGCAGCUAUUGUUUUGCGUGACUCCUGCACUGAGGGAAUCAGGAUGUCUCCUCAGAGCCAUUGAGAGAGGAUAAACUAAGGGCAUUUUAUUAAGUUUUUAAAAUAAAAAAAAAAUUACAAAAAAAAAAAAAAAAAAGGUAAUGAGGUUCCGUAUGUUAAGUAUUUAUCAUGUGUGAGAAGGAAAAUAAAUCUCUAAUUUACAUUGAUAGCCCUUCCCAUGAGCUGGACUUUGCCAUGUAGAUUGUGUGAGUAGGGUGUCCUCUGCGCCAGCCGCGCAGCCAGCGGAGCUAGAACAAGAAAAGACAUCUGCACUGCUUUGUCCAACUCUGUUUUUGCAAUGUCAUGUGUUACCUAGUUAUUUGUUUCAUGAAAAAUAAACUGUGAAUAUUUUUGGUGCA